GGGCACGCUGGCGGCAGUGAAGCACAUCCGCGCCAGGGAAGGCUGGUCGACGCGCGACAUGCGCCACGAGGCGGUCGUGCACUCCAGUGGAGAGGCGGUGAACGCGCGCGGCUACGGCACCAACGUUAUCGAGAACAGGCUUAUCACGGAGCUCCCGUAUCGAAAGGUCGCGCCCAAGGGGCACAGGAUGGACGGCGGCCACACGUACUCGGUGGCCGCGAGGGUUUUCUUGCAGCACGUGGCCGAGGUGCACGCGCAGGGGAAGAUGUGA